GUUUCUUGAUUAACACAGCUCUGACAUUCUGAGCGCUGCCUAAAGUGCCUGACUCCUCUUCAUAAACAAUUUUGCUGCGCAUCCACAGUAGGCACUGUGGAAGUUAUGCAUACCUUAUAAAUGAGCUCGUUUCCAGGUUUUGUCUCCGUCGCGCUAGAACGUUUGGAGAGCUGCCUGCACGCGACGCCGGGCUUGACGGGCUAUUGCCUAAUCACAAACAACGGGCAGGUGUGCAAUCCGGCUAAGGGGCCGCUCGUAGACGACCUGCAGGCAUCAGCAGCGGAUCCAACACGCAUCACUUCGACUGCUGCCGCGGCCGCCCCGCCGCCCGCUGUGGUGUCUCAGUUCCUGCGGCCUUUCAACACGCUGCAGCCGACCGUCAGCUUCUCAGCACUGGGCACCAAGCUCCAAGUCGUGCAUCAGGCGGAGGGUGCCGUGUUCGCGCUCGGGCCGCGGCGGCGAGUGGGGCUGGGCGUGUGCCUUGUGCCACAGGGUGUGGUGGUGUUGACCUUCGACCGGACGCUGCCGCUGCCGGCCGCGGUAGGCGCGGCGGAGCGCUGCGCUGCGGGCAUCCGGGCGGCCUGUGCGGCGGCGUGAGCAGCCACCGCUUCCUACACC